AUGAACAUUACGACACCAGAUUACGCCAUAACCAAACCCGGGAUGCCUCCCAAGCACCGAAAACUCGUCCGCACAUACGGGCGCCGGACCCCUUCUACAGCCCCAGAGACGCGCAGCGAGCCACCAAGUAAGAAGAGAAGGACUUCGCAGGAUGAUCCAAACACAAAUGUUGUCGAAACACUAGAAAAGGACUCGGAGACCUUACCUAAAGCCGAGCACAAUGAAGAGCUGAGCACAGAUCGAGAUUGCCAAGAUCCAGAAGAGGAACUCGGCAACAAGGAAAAGCCAAAGUCCUCAAUUCUCACCAGUCAAGGCAGUCGCGGGCGAUUUGCCUUCACAGAACCAAACAUCCUCGAGUCCGCCCAGUCCACCGACGUCACCUCCAGCUACGCGAGUCAAAAGAAAAAGGGCGCCGCGCCUAUUGAAACUAAGACCAACAACACAAACAUCGAUAGAAGAAUCAGACGAUGA